AUGCCUUUGCCCUCCAGCCUCAUCCAGCUCCCUAUUUUCCUCCCUUGGCUGACCCUGGAGAUCGUCAUCUUUCCACCCUGUGGCUGUCAGAGCCCCACCGAUCGCCUGCGAACGCGUAACCAUGCCCGAUUACCACGUACCUACCAAAAUUCCCUGACAAAAUGA